AUGCCGCAACGAGUGACGGAGAGUUCGCGUUGGCCUGCAUUGGGCCUGCAAGUGAAGUAUCCGCCACAACCUGUAUCUUGCGCACAUCUACCAGCUGCCCCUUCAACCGGCACCGCAACACCUUUGCGGGCCAGUAGUGGCAUGGCUUACUCCAGCAGAGCCCAGGACAAGAAACGUGAGCACCGUCCGCCUCCUCUGGCCGAAGCAUCGUCUUCUAGUAGGCUCGACGUCGUAUCCAAGGCAAUCCUGGCUCCGUUCACUCACAGGAAACAUGAUUCCACGAAGAUGCUCGCGGAACUGGCCCCCGUCAUCAUGACGCCCCGCAUGAUGAAUGCCGCAACAAUCUCUGGAAAGUCUCGCGCAUCGCUCGGUGGUUCCAGCGCGCGCAUGGACUUCGCGACGCUCGGGCGUGCGCCUCUGCAGAUGACGCUCGGCAGACGACGAGUGACCUCGCGUGACUUGCAAAUCGUUGAGGCGACGGACGAGUUGCUCGGCCAGGAUGUGCCUGAGCCGGAUGGCGUCGCUCAAAAUGUCAGUCUGUUGCGGGGCUUCAACGCGACAAUUCCAAGCGCAGAGAAGAGUCGCAUCCGACGGAGACAAACUCGCAAUGUGGACACGCCGAGGCUGGGACUGAAGAAAUUGGGGAUGGGUGCGAGAGGGAUGCUGGCCGACGAUGACGACCAUGAGGGUGAGAGUGUGGCAAGUGAAGAUGACGUGGUAGUCGUCUCGAGCGCGGAGACACGAGGCCGAAAAAGCAAGGCUAAGCGGAGAGGUAGGCAAAGUCUGAGUGCGGGCAAAACGUUCGGUCGGGACGAGCUAGUUCGGCAGACUCAGGAGAUUAAGCGUGAUAAGGAGAACCUCCAUGUCCGGAGAACCCUUAUUAACAACGAGAUCACGGAGAUUACUAACAAGAUCGACGCUCUGGAUGCUAUGCGGGUUAAGCUGGAGCAGGAUUUGCUCAAACUGCAAGAGGAUGAGCUUGAGUUGGACGACGAGCUCGAAGGUGUGAAAGAGCGGCUGGAACUGGAGGAGUCUACGAGUCGAACACGGGGUGUCACACAUCCAGAACAUGUUCUGCAGAGUUCACGCAGACGGAAAGGACCUGCCUUCUUGCCGUCAGAACAUGACGAACUCCCUCCAGGCGUGGCCUUCAUGACGUUGGCUGGACAUUCGACGCCGAUCACAGCUCUUGACUUCUCAGAGCCGUAUGGGACUCUGGUUAGUGCAUCCCAAGAGGAUUCAGAACCUCGCGUAUGGGAUCUUCUGACUGGAGACGAGGUCGGACGUCUCCGAGGGCACAAGGGGACAGUCAAGUGCAUCCAGGUGGAAGACCACGUAUGUUUGACAGGUGGCGAGGAUGGUACAGUCAGGCUCUGGGACCUCCGAAGAGUUGACGAAGAUGAGGACUGGGAGGGUGAGAUGCUUAGUUUGAGUGAUGUUGCAGAAGAAGAUGAGGAUGACGAGAGGCCGAAGACAAACGGAAUUCGUUCCAGUGUGAGCAAGCCUUCCAGUGUUGCUGAGAGGAAUGGGCCGUGUGUACGGGCGUUAGAAGGGCACACCAAAGCUGUAUCAGCACUUUAUUUUGAGGACGAGUGCCUGGUUACUGGCGCCUCGGAUAAGACGAUGCGGCAAUGGGACCUCAACACUGGGCAAUGCGUCAUGACCAUGGAUAUCCUUUGGGCGAUCUCGCAUGCGCCAUCGCCGGCUCCGGGUGCCCCGUUGCUGAACCACUUGUUCCCUGGUGCCGCAGCGGCAGCUGGCUCAUUUUCUGUUCCCAUGCCUCCGUAUGCAGAUGGAAGUUGGAACAUGUACCAGGACUUUGUUGGCGCAGUGCAGUUCUGGGGAUACGCGCUCGUCAGCGGUAGCGGAGACAGUGCUGUACGAAUGUGGGACAUGCGGACCGGCCAACCACAUCGUACACUGCUGGGUCACACUGGGCCCAUUACCAGUUUGCAAUUUGAUGAGCUACACGUGGUCAGUGGUAGCCUCGACAAAUCGAUUCGGAUAUGGGACCUACGAACAGGUGGCAUCUUCGAGACCCUCAAGUACGAUCACGCUGUCACUGCGCUGCAAUUCGAUACGAGAAAGAUCGUCGCAGCGACAGGGGAUAACGGCGUCAAAAUAUACAACCGUACAAGUAUGCAACAUUCCACGCUCAUGAUCAAUGGACACACGAAGCCCGUGGAAAGGCUUCGAUACAUGGAUCGAUACCUUGUUUCCGGCGGACAUGAUUCCACAGUCAAGAUCUGGGCUCUAUGA